CCCUUCCUCUCACAUCCCCAAUCGCAAUCGGAAAUGGGCGGCCUAUCAAUCGACAACUCCGGCGACGCCUCCCACCCUCACACGCACAAAGUAUUCCUCCUUUCCAACUACAUCCUCCUCAGCGGCGCCUCCAGCUGCAUCUUCCUCACCCUCUCCCUCCGCCUCCUCCCCUCCCUAAUCGGCCUGCUCUUCAUCCUCCUCCACGUCAUCACCAUCGCCGGCGCCGUCUCCGGCUGCGCCGGCGCCUCGCGGUCCCCCUCCUCCGCCGCCGCCAAGCUCUACGGCGCGCACAUGGUGGCCACCGUCCUCACCGCCAUCUUCCAGGGCUCCGCGUCGGUCCUCAUCUUCACCCGCCCCUCCGAUUUCCUCGGACACCUGAAAUCGUACGUCAGGGAGGAAGACGGCGUCGUGAUACUCAAGCUCGCCGGCGGGCUGUGCGUGUUAAUUUUCUGCUUGGAGUGGGUGGUGCUCACGCUCGCGUUUUUCCUCAACUAUUACGCUUAUGUGGAGAGGAAGGGCGGCAAUGCGGGGAAGGUGCACGAUGAAGAGGAUUUGAAGAGCUGGCCGUGGCCGUUUCAAGUCUAAAAUGCGCCGCUUGUUGGAGUGUAUUUUUAAUUUUGUUUGUUUGGCAUGUACUCCUACUGUUCAAUAGUAAUAUAGUCAUUUUACCAUUUUAGUACGUUCUA